UGGUGGUGGACAAUAGCCACGAUUCUCUAUGGCCUCGGAAUGGCGUUGUGUUAGGCCCCAGCGUCUUUGUAUCACGUUAAGUCCUGGUAAACGGGUGUCAUUUUCGGCCAGAAGUGCCUACGAGGUCUGCAAUGGCAGGGUUUAUUUUCUGCUAAUUCUGUGAUUCAAGCACCACCGGUUGAAGAGAGAGAGAACCGAGAGUGGUUUGGCAUCUAAGGCACAUGCAUAGAAGUUACUCUUGUGGGCUGCCGGAUUUUUCGAGCAAGUGCCAAAACCCCACGGUAGUUUUCAAGCCAUGAUGUAGAUUGGGAGCAGGCACUCUGGAAAGGGCAGAUAAAAAGACGAUACCAGCAUGGUUGAAAACUCACCAGCACCAUUGCCUGAAAGAGCAAUAUAUGGCUUUGUUCUUUACUUAGGCUCCCAGUUUAUCUUUAUUCUGUACCUUGUUUGGGCCUACAUACCUGAAUCCUGGCUAUUCUCAUUGGGGUUAACGUACUGGCCUCAAAAGUUCUGGGCUGUUGCUUUGCCUGUUUACCUUUUAGUUAGUUUGGGGAUAGGCUAUGUACUUCUCUUUGGAAUUAACAUGAUCAGUACUGCUCCAUUGAACUCCACCCACACCAUUACAGACCACUAUGCAAGAAAUCAGAAACAGAAGAAACCACAAGAAGAAGCUAUCCCUGCAUUAAGAGAUGUUUCCAUCAGUGAAGUAAACAAAAUGUUUUUCCUGACUGGCAGAGCAGUUUGCAGUCAAAACUGAUUAAAGGAAAUACCUUUUUAAAAAUAAAUUGAUAAGAAAAAAUUCUACAAUCCUGAUUUCAAAGCACUGAUGAAGUGCUAAAAUGUUUUGCAUUAAUAAGAGUAAAUGGCAAAAUGCAAGCUCUGAAAUGGCUGCUUUUGGUGCAUCUUAUCACCCAAACCAGAUACUGUUCAUUCUUUGUCCAUGCUGGUUUCCCACAAUUAAAUACUUUGAUAAGAAUGCAGGCAAUGCCCCCAUCAGAAUCUGUGUGUUCUCCUAUGCUAUAUCAUGCUACUUCUUGAGCCAGUUUGGUAUAGUAGAGUGCGGGACUCUAAUCUGAAGAAAUGGGUUUGAUUCCCCACUCCUCCACUUGAAGCCAGCUGACCUUGGGUCAGUCACAGCUUCUAGGAGCUCUCUCAGCCCCACCCACCUCACAGGAUGAUUAUUGUUGUGGGGAUAAUAAUAGCAUACUUUGUAAACCGCUUUGAGUGGGCAUUAAGUUGUCCUGAAGGGUGGUAUAUAAAUCAAAUGUUAUUAUAUUCUUGGCCCUGCACUUCCAUCAGAAUGGGGAAAAUGGAGCAGUCCUGUGUAAUUGUUCUCUCACUUGAAAAUAAGGUGAUUUUAUUAAAUUGUUUUUACCUUGUGAACUUCCUUAAGCAGAUCUCCAGAAAGCUUGCAUAGAAAUUUUCUAAAUAAGUUCUGUGGAAAUUGAACACAUGAACCUGCCUUACAGUGUGUCAGACCAUCGGUCUCACAUGGUUAGUGUUCUCUACUGUGGCUGGCAGCUGCUCUUCAGAGUUUCCAGAGUAGGUCUUUCAUAUCAUCAACUACCUGAUCCUUUUAAUCCUCCCUGGAUGGCCUCACCCAAGGAGUUAACAGGACUUGCGUAUCAGGUACUACACUCUGAUCCUUGGCCUACCCAGGCUGUUUACUAACAUACUAUAAUGCUCCAUGUAUGGUUUACCUGUAAACAAGACCUGUUUAGUUUCACUGUUUCAGAUAUUUAUUUCAGUGUUGAAUCUAACAGACAAAAUUGUCAACUGUACUUGGUGUUAAAUUGUUUAUUACAGGUUACCUUCAUGUCAAUGGAAGAAUAUAUUCCACUACAUCUGAAUUUAUAUUACAUUAAUUUUUUCAGAAGUGUCAGUUUGAGUUCAUUAUUUCAUACCUCUCUCAUUUUAAUAAGAUAUUAUACCGGUAAAACAACACUGCAUUUUAAUAUGCUUGAUUUGUUACAAAUCUCAAAAUACUGGAAAAUAAAACCAUUUCAAAAAUUGUUAA